AUGCAAUCGCAGAUGUCUACCUUGCAGUUAGAUUUUGAAACCAGAUUAGGAGGACUAAAGAAUCAGAUGCAAGUAAAAUUGAGCCAGGAGUUGUCGGAUUUCAAAGCUGUAGUUUCAGAGUUGGAAUCCAAUUUACGAUGUAAGGACAAUACAAUUGAUCAAUUGGAAGAAGCUCUGUAUUCUGAAAGAAAGAAAUAUGAUCCAUUGGGUAUGCAACAAUCUGAUUUUGAUAACAGAUUGUUGGAAACGAAACAAAAACAUGAAUCUGAUAUGGCCAAAGCGGAUAUGGUAAAAAGAUCUCUUAGGGAUGAGUUGGGGUCCAAACAUGGUGAUGUAAAUAUAGAAAUGAGAGAUAAGUAUCAGAGUCUUAGACAUGAUAUGUCCUGUAUCAUCGAUAAACGAGCACACUGCUAUGGCCGUGAGGCCGUGCAGGCAGUAAAGUUGAGUAUAAGUAAUCAAAAACUGAUUAUAGGUUCUCGAAAGAACGACGUUCGUAGGGUCUCGUUAUUUGACUCUAAAGUAGAGGCACAUGCCGACGAUCAGAGCCUCCAGUUACGUGCUCUUAAGCCAUUUACAUUAUCCAAGGAACUAGAUUCCCUGAGAGCUCAAGUGAUUAAAGUUCAGUCGGAGAUUUCGACUAAUGAGAGAGUUGGUAAGAUAUUAGAAAUUUUGAAUGAUUCUAGGGGGAUUCGAAGUCGAUCGCCUUCCUCAAAUCACAGGAAUGCUUUUCGGUGUUUUACAUGUCAGGAAGAGGGUCAAUUAACCCGAGAAUGUCCUUUAAAAGAUGAGACGGUCAAUUCUCAUCCUGUACACAAAACUGUCAAGAACCAAUUCUUGAAUCUUCUGUACUCAAAGUCUAGAAAACUACAAAUAAUUAUUUUUACUGAACCUCGUCAAUUAUUAGACUAUUUUAACUAA